AUGGAGAGGGAAAGGGAGAGGAGAGCCAGGAAGGAAAGAGGGAGGAGAGAGGCAGAGGAGGAGGAGGAAAGGGAAAAGAGAGGGAGGAGAGAGAGAGAGAGGAAGGAGAGGAGAGAGGAGAGAGGGAGAGAGAGGAAA